AGCGGGGGAGUCGCCACGGGUGGUUCUGGGAUAUCCUCCUAGCAUGCCCAAACUCUACUUUUUGUUAUCUUAUUCCCUUAAGCGUUCGUAGCUGUACACUGAUACCACGAUUCCCUGCUCGAAACACCCAUUCACAGAUUUAAGCUACGAUGGCGCCGCAAACAUCCAUUCCGCUGGCCGCAAACGUACUAGGCACGCUGGGCACGGUAUUCUGGUGCGUCCAGCUUGUACCACAGAUAUGGCGCAAUUACCGGACGAAAAGCACAGUUGGGUUGCCGGAGUCGAUGAUGCUGCUUUGGUCGAUUAGCGGCGUGCCUUUUGGGGCGUAUGCUAUUGCUCAGCAGUUCAACAUUCCGCUUAUUGUUCAGCCUCAGUGUUUCGGGGUACUGUGUGGUGUUAGCUGGGCGCAGUGUUUGAUAUAUGGUCGAAAGUGGAGAACGUGGACUGCAUCUCUUUUAUUGGGUAUCCUCCUUGUCAUCUUUGCUGGAGUGGAAGUUGGCCUUGUGUUUGCGAUUCAGCCGCCGUACUCGAGAGGAGUAGAGUGGCCGGUGUUACUAAUAGGUAUUGUUGCAUUUCUUACACUCAUCUCCGGUUACCUACCUAUUCCUUUGGAGCUUCUUAAACGACGGGGAAGGGUUGUUGGAAUUGACUUCAUUUUCUUGGCCAUCGAUUGGAAUGGCGCAUUUUUCUCGCUCAUGGCUUUGGUAGCUCAGAAUGAGUUUGAUGCGUUGUUCGGCACUAUGUACGCCCUAUGUUGCGCUAUCGAGAUGAGUAUGGUCGUCUCGCAUCUAGUGUGGCUUCUUCGGACUCGCGGUAUUCAAAGGCGUGCCAAGGAAGCUGGUAAAACGUUUGAUGAAUACGAGGAGGGAAUUGAGUGGCAGUCAAAUGGCAUCGAUGUUGAGAUGCUGCUUAAGGGUAUGCUCAUUAGGAAAAGCAAAGCCAAAGCCAAAAAAGGAAGUAGUGCUGGAGUUGAUGACAUCGAAGCAUCUGCUACCCCGGAAGAAGUGAUACCAAAGACCAUUCCGAAUGCUACCGUAUAAACGCUAAGCCGAGGGUAUCAUAGCAUCCAAGAACAUAAAAUAUAUGAGAAGUACUUCUAGUAGCUACGCUGAGUUCAUAAUCAACAUCAAUGUUAUAAGUCAACACAGAAC